AUGGUUGGUAUAAAACUCAGCUAUCCUUGGAUAAUAAUAUGGAAAUAUGCCGCACCUGCUACAAGUGCGAUACUGUUCUUCUUCUGCGUCAUUUAUUACCGUCCUCUCAAGUAUCCGACCGGUGAAGAUUAUCCCUUAUGGGCAAACGUCUUUGGAUUCUUCUUGUCAUCUUGUUCCAUGAUAGUCAUACCUGGCUAUGCCGUCUACUACUUGUUGUUCACAAAUAAGCACUUAACUAUUAAAGAGAGAUUCUUGAAAGGCAUCAGAGCACCGGAUGUCAUAGAAACCGGGAGGCCAGCAACCGCAAAUGUCGAGGAGUUGCGGUUCUUGAACGAUAAGAAUUAG